AUGCUCCGGCGAGUCGCGUAUUUCGAAGUCAUCCAUUGGGGACGCAAUGUAAUCGGGAAAGGGGGUGGUGUGCUCAUCGGUGGUGUCCAGUGGAUCCUUAGCUUCAUCGAGGGGGACGUCUACGACGUCCGUGGUGACUGGGUGUUCUUCCUCUGUCGUCGUGAUCGGGCAUCCAUCCACCUUGCCGGUGAUUGGGCAUCCAUCCACUUCCGUCGUAACUGGGGAUCCAUCCACUUUCGUCGUAACGGUACAUCCAUCCACUUUGGCGGUGAAGGGACAUCCACCCUCUUUUCUGGUGACUGGAGAUUCACCCUCUUUUAUGGCGGCCGCUUUUUCUGCAGCAGCCUUUUCAGCGGCAGCCGCGAAGGGGCACUUCCCAGCCAUCUCUUUGUUUUCGGCUAG